AUGGCCGAUUCCGAGUCAAGCAAACGCAAGGCCUCCUCCGCCGGGCUAUCCGCUCAUAACCGCCCCGUCAAGCGCCGGGCUUCCAAGGCCUGUUGCUGCUGUCGCGCUCGCAAGGUCCGUUGCGACGUGGUAGAAAAUGGCUCCCCUUGCACCAAUUGUCGAUUAGAUCAGGUCGAAUGUGUCGUCACAGAAAGCAAACGGAGAAAGUUCGUCAACACUAAGCUGGAUAAAAAUAAGACCCAGCAUUACUUGUCAAACCCAACGAGUCCGCUCAAGCUAACGUCCCGUGUGGAGGUAGAUCAUGCUGCCCAUUCCGAGUCCCCUGAGGCGUCAGAGGAGAAUCUGCUACAAAGCAUUCAGGAUCAAACGCAGGCUCAUCGCAUUGGCUCCGACGAUAAUCAAAGUCGUCGUCGCAUGGCCUCCAACCCCGCCGUGCCCGCCUCAAUGCCUCUAGCAAAUGCCACAUUGCAAAUCCAACAACUGCUCGAUCCCUCUUUUGGAAGCCCUCGAACCGCAAAUGCUUUCCUUCCCGAUUACAUUCGAGGCCUACCCGCACGAUUCCAGAAAGAGGAUAUUGACUACCUGGCCGCCAAGGGAGCAUUGACGAUCCCCGACGUGACAUUGCGAAACGAGCUUCUCAAGGCCUACAUACACUAUGUGCAUUCGUAUAUGCCGUUGUUAGAUCUGGAGGAAUUCCUCCAGACAGUUGUACAGAAUGACGGAGUUCACCGCAUCAGUCUCUUACUUUUCCAGGCCGUCAUGUUUGCCGGUAUGGCCUUUGUCGACAUGAAACAUUUGCAAGCCGCUGGCUACCAAACUCGGAAAUCAGCUCGCAAGAUCUUCUUCCAGCGAGCCCGCCUUUUGUACGACUUCGACUACGAGGUGGAUCGUAUUUCACUGGUUCAGUCUCUGCUUCUCAUGACUUACUGGUAUGAGACUCCGGAUGAUCAAAAGGAUACUUGGCACUGGAUGGGCGUCAGCCUGUCUCUCGCCCACACCAUUGGUCUUCACCGGGACCCCGGUAACUCGCGGAUGGAUGUUCGCCGCCAGAGAAUGUGGAAACGCAUUUGGUGGAGCACAUAUACUCGAGACCGAUUGAUUGCCCUCGGCAUGCGACGACCGAUGCGCGUCAAGGACGACGACUGUGAUGUGCCGAUGUUAACCAUGGACGACUUUGAAUUCCAGGCCUUCUCACCCGAAAUUGUGAAGAUGGUUGGAGAUUCGGAGAUUUUGCAGAAUGUCAGUCACCAGCGAGAGCUGGCCCUGAUGUUUAUCGAAAAGGCCAGGUUGUGUCUCUGCGUGAGCCAUGUUCUUUCUGCACAGUACUCGGUGCUCAGCCAUAAAUUUGGCGGCACCAUGGAGACCACCAUGAUGUUGGUCCCCAAGAAGUCGACCGCAGAGUCCUUUGAAGUACGACGAUGUGACCAGGAGCUGGAAGACUGGCUGGCCAAUCUCCCGGUCGAAACACAAUAUACGCCCUCGGGGGUUUCGAAGUUGCCGGAGGCUCGUGAAGUUCUUCACUCGCACCGGGCCCUGUUGAAGAUGGUUUACCUCACUACAUCCAGUGCCCUUCAUCGCCCACAGGUCCUCCCCGCCGUUCCUUACCCGUCCAUGGAUUCCGAGUUACAAGAACUCUCUCGCCAGAAAGUUCGAUUCGCCGCCGUGGAAAUCACCAGCAUUGCCCAGGAUCUUCAUGUCUUGGACUUGACUCGAUACUACCCAACGACUGGAGUGACCGUGCUCCUCCCCGCCGUUAUCAUUCAUUUACUUGAUAUCAAGUCGAGCGACGCGAGCGUGCGGAUGACCAGUCUCCAACGAUUCUACCAGUGCAUGCGUAUCUUACAGCGUCUGCGCGAGAUCUACGCAUCGGCCGACUUUGCGACCUCAUUCCUCGAAGCAGCUAUCCGCAAGGCCGGUAUUCAGUUAACGGUCGCACCCCAGGAGGUACAAACUAAGCGACCCCGCAAGACCGCCACCACCACCAGUACCAGCAUUGAUCCAUUUGAUUCGCUUUCUCGAAACAACACCUUGACCCCUCCUCCCGACUCUCUAUCCCAGAAGAUCCCGGACCUCACCUACCCCCAGGCCCCCGCAGGCGGGCGGUCCACUGGCAGCCUCUUUGCCUCGACUCCGCCACACUCCGACGGUAGCGAAAAUGGCAGCACCAAUAACCUCAACCUGACCCACAAUCACGAUGCUUUUGCGAUCCCAGAGCUCAACUCGGAGCUAAGUCUCACCGAACUGAUGGACUUGGCCAACGAUGCCGAAGUGAACCAGAAUGAUUUCGAUGCUUUGAUCAACUUUGAUGAUGCCAGCAAUGAAUUCUUCACCGAUGAGUCUGGCCAAUCUGGAGCCGUUGAUGAAGAUAAGGGCUACGAUUUCGGUGUUGAUAGCAUGCAUGGCAUGGGCUUUGACACUGAGCCCAAGUCGAUUGACUUUGCCAAUUUGACGGAGCUCCAUGGUGAUCAUGGCUCGGGCUCUGAGCUCUCAGCCGAGGCUCAUUUGCGGCCCGGCCUGACGGCUGAUCUGGACACAGACCUUGGAAUUGAUCUGGAUGAAUAA